GGGCGUUCCAGACCGAGGCUAUGUUGCACGGAACUGUAAAGAACUGCUCAACCUGGGCAUCUUCCUCAGUGGCUGGUACACCAUAUAUCCUGGAGAGAAGUCACUUAAAGUCUUCUGUGACAUGGACACAGAAGGAGGAGGAUGGAUCGUGUUCCAGAGGCGGUAUGAUGGCACAGUGAAUUUUUUAGAGACUGGAAGGACUACAAGAGAGGGUUUGGCAAUCAACUGAGUGAAUUCUGGCUGGGGAAUGAUAAUAUCCAUCUGCUGACAGCAUCUGGAACAUAUGAGUUUCGGGUUGACCUGGUUGAUUAUGAAAAUAAUUUCAGUUUUGCUGCUUAUGCUUCAUUUGCCAUUUUGGGAGAAAAUGAC